AUGGCAUCCGUGCUUGCAGGGGGUGUUGUUAGAAAAGUUUGUGAGAUGGCCAUCCAACAAGCGGCUAAUCAGGUUAACAUAGUAUGGAACUUCAUAGAAGACUUUGAAUGGUUGCCGAGUAGAUUUAUGGAAAUCAAUGCUGUCUUAAAUGAAGCCGAUGAAGAGAGCAGUAGUCAAAAGAAGUCUGUAAAAAACUGGCUUCAUAGAGUUCGGGACGUUGCAUGGGAGGCAGAGGACAUACUCGAAGAAUUUGCUGUGGAUUCUUUAAGAAUUCAAAAGGUGAAAGCCCGAUUGAGCUCCGUUGUUGCAGAUGGAAACCAACUGAAUAUAGUUCUGAAUACAGCUCGUGCUGCGGCGCUUCACGUAGAUGAAGCAGAAUCAUCAAGUGGACAACAGUUUAAGAGAUGGAGUCGCCUGCCCAGUGAUUCGAAACCAGUGGGUGUACAGUCCAAGAUUAAAAGCAUCCUGAAUUUGUUGGAAACCCCCGGAAUUCCAAUUACUGCAGUAGUUGGAAUGGGGGGAGUCGGCAAAACCUAUCUUCUUCAGCAUGUCUACAACGCCCAAAAAGGAAGGUAUGAGAAAUCUGCAUGGCUUUCAGUUUCUCAGUCCUAUUCUGUUUCCAAGUUGCAACGAGAUUUAGCCUUUCAAUUAGAUAAAGAUUUAAGUAAGGAAAUUACGAAGAGUGAAAUAAGUGAUGUGCUAGCAGCAGAGUUGAUUUAUCACUAUAUGUUAGAGAAGAGGUGUCUUAUUGUUUUAGAUGAUGUAUGGAGGACUAGUAGAGAAGGUGCUUUGCUUACCAAACUUGGCAUACCAUGUGGAGGUAAUAGCCAAUGCAAAAUUUUGGUUAGCACAAGAAACAGAGAGGUCGCUGCAAAUCUCAAUGCCCUGAUCUAUGAGAUACAACGUUUGACAUAUGAAGAGAGUUGGCGACUGUUUUGUGCUCACGCAUUUCCCAAGUCUGAGGAAAAUAGAGCGCCGGAGAACUUGGAGGACGUUGUUCGUAAGAUCGUGAACAAAUGUGGGGAGUUGCCACUUGCAAUCAAAAUCACAGCAGCAUCUCUGGCGAGCACUACAUCGCUAAGUGACUGGCAGUCCAAGUUAAAUAAGCUGAAAAAGAUAGGCACUCCUAGCGAUCCUAUCAUGGAUAUUCUCAAGCUGAGUUAUGACUCCCUGCCUGCACAUCUGAAAGCUUGUUUUGCUUAUUUUUCCUUUUUCCCUGAGGAUGCGAAUAUAGAGUGUGAGUAUCUGAUAUAUCUAUGGAAGGGAGAAGGAUUCAUCCCUGCAGGAGAGAACCAUUGGGAUUGUUUAGACCAGUUCGCUAAACUCUGUCUGCUUGAAGUAUGGGAAGAAUAUAAUGAAUCAGCGAACUUUGUAUUCGAAGAUAAAACUUCUCUGAUUAAAUAUUGUAAAAUUCAUGACUUAUUGCUUGAUUUGGCAAUGCUCAUAUCCAGUGAAAAUAAAUGUGCAUUCAGUCUUGAGGAUGCCUUCCCAAAAUUGCAUUCUGUGAAUACAGGUGGUGGUCGCUGGUGUCGCCUAUUUUUGGCGAAGAAAGAUAUUGAUGAGCAUGCCAUCUCAGAGAGACGCCCUGUUUUUCCCACACUUGUCCGCACACUAUCGCUCUCCUGUAAUGCCCAAAUUGGAAGAAAGAUUCCGGCAAUGUUGUUUAGCGGUAUGAGAGUUCUGCGGGUUCUGGAUUUGAGCCACACAAAUAUCUCCAGAUUGCCUGCAUCUGUUGGAGAGAUGAAACUUCUCAAAGUCCUGAAUUUAAGAAACACACUGAUUGAGAAGGUGCCCAAGUGUGUAAGAUGUCUUAAGAGUCUCUGUUAUCUUAGUGUCUCUUAUUGCCAUGAAUUAAGGGAGAGUGAGGCACCGAAAUGGAUAAGUGAACUGAGGUGUCUUCAGCAUUUGGGAGGCCCGUUUAAGCGGCUGCCAAAGGGAAUAUCAAAGCUGGAGUCUUUGCGAACACUGCGAACGUUGCCUUUGUCCCUGUCCAGAAUUACAUGUAUGAAAUGUGGUGUGUUAAGGUUAGAGGAUGUUGGCAAGAUGAUUGAGAUUGAGGAAAUAGCGUUUGAUGUUGAGGAUGUAUCACAGUUGAAGAGGAUGGAAGAAGGGAUCCUUGCGCCCUUGGAGAAGAUGCGUCGGCUGAAAGUAUACAAUGAAAUCCGUGGAAUGCGAGGUCAAUCAGAAUUGGAUCUUCCGCAGUUUCGAGAGAGAAUGAGUGCAAUGAGAGAUCUGGAAUAUCUCUUACUAUGGAAGUUCGCAGUGCCCAGUUGGAUAUGUUAUUUGGCAAAUCUCAGAAUUACAAGCAAUGCCGAAUCUAGUGAGUUUGUGGUUGUGGGGGAACGAGAGGUGCAGAGAAGUUCGCAGUGCCCAGUUGGAUAUGUUAUUUGGCAAAUCUCAGGUACCUCUGUUUAUGGUAGUGUGAUUGCAGAGGGUUUUCCACAGCUCCGCUUUUUCGAGAUAACUUAUUUUUAUGAAUUGGAGGAGUUUCCAGAAAUGGAGGAUGGAGCGAUGGCAUGUCUUGAGAAGUUGGAGAUAAAAAUGUGGCCUGAUAUUAUUCAGAAAUCCAAGGAUGGAGGGUUGGAUGUUAUUGAGACUUAUGUGUUUUGGAAUGUCCACUCAAAAUCAGGUGCUAAUAUCUGCAAUUUCUAUGGAAUACUUCAGUGUAGAGAAAGUUCUGAGUUCUUCCUCUAA